UCUAUCCACUCCCCUCUCUCCCUCUCUAUUCUCUCUCCCCCUCUGUUUUCCUCCCCCCACUAUCUCUCGUUCUUUCUCGUUGGAGAUGAGUAGUGAAAGUACAUUUCACCUUAAGAAACUUCCAGCAUGAGUUUCGAACCUUAACGCUUAACUUAAUGGAACUUCAAGCAUGAGGAUCUAACCUUAACCCUUACUUUAAAGGAAUUUCCUGCACGAGGAUCUUAACUUUACUCUUACUUUAAAGGACCUCAAGCUUGAGGAUCAGACCUUAUCCCUAACCUUUGCACUAGGAUCUAACCUUCACUGUACUUCAUGUAGAAGAACUGAUUGGACCUGGAGCAUCAUAAUAAGAAGAAAGCCUUAUGUACCGAUAAGGAUGCGUUCUCCUCGAUGGUUGCUAGGUGUGUGGCUUUGGUGGCUAUGCAUAGGAAAUGCGCGGACAGCAACUUUCAAGCUGGCGCUGAUUGGUCCGUGGUCAUGUGACCCCCUGUUCUCCAGAGCGAUGCCUGCCACAGCAGCGAACCUGGCGUUGUCAUGGAUACACAGAGAUGUUGGACUCAGUAAAGGCUACUGGUACGACGUGGUACUUCUUGAGGAGGACUGCUCUGCCUCUAAAGCGGUGACUCAGCUGGUCGAAAUGGAGGGAUAUGGCCACGCCUACAUUGGACCCUUUAAUCCCGCCCUUUGUCAUGCUGCCACUCUAAUGGCCCAGCACUGGGAGGCGGGGCUUGCUUCUCCAGGCUGUCUCAAUUCUGAAUGGCCAAGCCUUCCACCCAUCACCCCUACCAGUCAAGUCCUGUUCGCUGUUUUGAGAUUCUUCCGCUGGGCCCAUGUGGGUGUGAUCUCUGCUCCGACUGACCUAUGGGAAGGCACCGGGCAGGAAGUGGCCUCGGCUCUCAGAGCUCUUGGCAUUCCAGUUGGUCCAGUUGUUACCAUGGGAACAAAAGAGGAAGGACCUAAAGAAGCCCUGAAAGCCAUCAGAGAAGCUGACCAGGUCAAAGUGGUCAUCUUGUGCAUGAGCUCUGCUCUCAUUGGUGGAGAAGAACAAAGAGAUCUCCUAUUGGCUGCCUUGGACAUGGGGAUGGUGUCGGAUGGCUACGUGUUCAUUCCUUAUGAUGCCCUACUGUAUGCCAUGCCUUACCAGGAUACAGCAUUCCCUUUACUGGCCAACAGCUCGAGACUCCGUCAUGCUUACAGCGCGGUGUUGACCGUAACCAUGGCGUCAGACCAAAGCUUCUAUGAUGCGUUCCGAAGCGCUCAACAGAGCCGGGAAAUACGAUCGGUUGUGGCCGCAACAGAGGUCUCGCCUCUCUUUGGAUCCAUCGUCAACAUGGUGUACUUCGUUGCUAAGGCAGUGGAGGAGCGUCGUCAAGCAGGGGGAGGGGCAUGGGUGACGGGCAAUCAGCUUGCUCAAUCAGAAGGAGGUUUUGAGUUCCGUGGUUUCAAUCAGAAGCUGUAUGGGCGCCCAAGCAGUGGAGGGCUUCAGUCCAGCUAUGUGGUGUUGGACAUUGACGGAGACAGACUGGUCCCCACCCAUGUUUUGGAACCCACACAGAUACACAAGUUUGGAGUACUCAGACCCUUGGCGCGCUCUUUUAGCUUUCCUGGCGGAAAACCCCCCUCUGCAAGAUUCUGUUGGUUCAGUCCAGAUCAGACCUGCGCUGGAGGUGUAGAGAAGGCGGUUCCCGUCUCCCUCUUCCUGGUGAUAUGCAUGGGGAUUGCUGCUGUUGUUUACAGGAACAAGAGAUUUCUCAGCAGCAAUGAAGUCAUUCUAACUAUGGAUGACAUCAUCUUUAUUGACACGCACACCGGCGAAAAGAAACUGAACGAAGGGUCCACGAUGAGUGUCGGCGGGGUCAGGAGUCCCAUGAGAUCCAUUACAAGAAGUUACAUUCAGUCCACGCCAGAGACUACAAAUAUAGGACUACUGGAGGGCGAUUGGGUAUGGUUGAAGAGGAUACCAGAAGGACGGGAGAUGACAGCUGUCAAUCAAUCAACCAAGAAUCUGUUCAGUUCUUUCAGGGAGAUGAGACAUGAGAAUCUCAGCGUCUAUGUUGGACUCUUCCUGGACUCUGGGAUCUUUGCCAUGGUUACAGAGCACUGUCCACGCGGGAGUUUGGCCGACCUGUUAGCGGACAGCAGCAUGAGACUGGACUGGAUGUUCAAGUCCUCCCUUCUCACGGACCUCAUCAAGGGGAUGAAGUAUCUUCACAUGCACAGGCUGACCCAUGGACGUCUCAAGUCGAGGAACUGUGUGGUGGACGAACGAUUCGUCCUCAAGGUCUCUGACUACGGCCUUCCCAUGGUGCUUCACUCUCAGAACCUUGAUCCAGCCAAGGGAACAGAAGAUCUGCUGUGGACUGCUCCAGAACUUCUCAGGCAGCCUGUACGAGGAGGAACCUAUGCUGCUGACGUCUUCAGCUUCUCCAUCAUCAUCCAGGAAGUGGUCUCACGAACACUGCCCUACGCCAUGCUGGACAUGCCCGACCAUGAGAUAGUGGAGCGGCUGAGAAACCCCCCUCCUCUCUGCAGGCCACUGUUCUGUAUGGACAUAGCUCCCGCAGAGUGUCUGUCUCUCAUGACCCAGUGCUGGGAUGAAGAUCCCGGCAAAAGGCCCACCUUCCACUGCAUAUUGAGACAGUUUCGUGGCAUUCAUCAGGGCAAGAAACCCCACAUCAUAGACUCCAUGUUGCGCAUGCUGGAGCAGUACAGUUCCAACCUAGAGGACUUGAUCAAAGAGAGGACGGAUGAACUGGAGAUAGAGAGAAAAAAGACUGACAAGCUCAUCAGCCAGCUCUUGCCUGAAUCCGUAGCCCGGUCACUGAAGUUAGGAAAUCCGGUUGAACCAGAACAUUAUGCAGACUCAACUCUCUACUUCAGUGACAUCGUUGGCUUCACCACAAUAUCCGCCCUGAGCGAACCUAUCGAGGUGGUUGACCUACUAAAUGACCUUUAUACACUGUUUGAUGCCAUCAUUGCUUCUCAUGAUGUUUACAAGGUGGAGACCAUAGGAGAUGCCUACAUGGUGGCGUCAGGCGUCCCCAACAGAAACGGGACUCGCCACGCUGCGGAAGUCUCCAACAUGUCCCUGGACAUCCUGCAUUGCAUCGGAGCCUUUAAGAUCAAACACAUGCCAGAGAUCAAAGUGAAGAUACGCAUCGGAUUGCACUCUGGUCCGGUGGUGGCAGGGGUGGUUGGUCACACCAUGCCCCGAUACUGUCUGUUUGGGGACACGGUCACCCAAGCGUCUCACCUGGAAGCCACUGGACUCCCCUACCGAAUCCACAUCAGUCUCUGUACGAUGAAGAUUCUGGCCAGUCUCAAAAUGGGAUACAAGAUGGAAACACGGCCAUCAAAGGUAAAGGGAGCCGAGGAUACCUUCUGGCUGGGUGGCAGAGACGGGUUCACCAAACCCUUACCUGUACCUCCUGACCUGACUGGAGGGGCCAGUAACCAUGGCAUCAGCCUGGACGAGAUUCCACCAGACAGGAGACAACGCUUCCUGGACAGACAGAAUAAAAACAAGAUGAAAAAAUAAACGGGGGUAGAUAGUCCUUUGGCGGCCAUCAAAUCCUCUUCACAUAGCAGUCUUAUGUUAUGAAGCCUUAGUGCCCAGACACUAACCACUUACCACCCCUCGAUGUGCAGUAUGAACCCUGACCAACCAUCCCUACCUCAAUGACAGGUAGGAACCCUGACCUUAACCACCCCUCUCUGAAUUACCAGUAUGAACCUGGACUAACCAACCCUAUCUCAAUGACCAGUAUGAACCCUGACCCUCUUACUGGCUUACGUCAAUGAGCGGUAUGGACUCUGACCCUCUUACUUACCCUGACCGGUAUGAUGACAGGUAUGAACCCUGUAACCAGGUCAUUUCUUUACGUGCUGGAAUUUUCAUAACUUGCAACAAACUUUUCUAUGAAGAUGUAUAAUCAGCAUUCAAGACGAAAUGCUUUGCAGAAAUACAGAUUGUAUAAAGUGAAACCGGACCUUAUCAGAUCCUAUGCUGUUUGUUAUACCUUGUUUGGAAAAAUAAAUCCUUUCAAGAAGUA